AUGUACGUAGAAGCUGACAAACUUGUGGAUACUUUCAACGAAGUCUUUGGUUGGCCUUUACUACUACUCCUGUGCCACUCUGUGGUUAUUCUAGUAUAUUUUUUGGGAUUCUUUACAGAUAGAGACCUAAAACUUUCUACAGAUGCUGAUUUCUUAGAUUUGGUUGCCUCUAUGAUAGUGGUCUACACGGUUAUAACACUGUUUGGACCUAUAUUGAUAACCUUCGCUUGCGAUUCGGUGGUUCGUGAAGCCAACAAGCUGCUGAAGAUGUGCUACAACAUGCAGGUGCAUCUGCCGCUGUUAGCCAGAGAAAAAGAGGAACUGGACAGGUUAACUAACUUGAUCCACAAUAACGGUCCUAAAUUCACAGCGGCUAACUUUUUUGAAAUAAAACGUUCGACCUUACUCUCUAUUAUUGCCACCACGACAACCUAUAUGAUCGUCAUAUUGCAGUUUAAUUAUUUAUAG